AUGGGCCUCAGUGAACGGGGUAAAGCUGAGGGCAACAUGGUUAGCGGCGAGAGUACAUCUCUAGUCGACUUCGUAAAAAUGACUAACCCUGGUCUAUUUGAUUUCCAGGACGAGAUACACUCGUUCAUCGAGGCCUUGCUCCCUCACGUCAAGGCCUUCGCCUAUACGUGGUUUAAUUUGCAAGCAAGAAAGCGAAAGCAUUAUAAGAAGCAUGAAGUACGAAUGACUCCUGAUGAGGAGAGAAGGUGCAAAGAAGAGCUAGAUGCUGAAGCCCCUGAAGUGAAACAGAAGUGGGCCUCGAGGCUCUUGGCAAAGCUUCGAAAAGACAUUCGGCAAGAAUGCAGAGAGGACUUCGUGAUGUCGGUCGUUGGAAACAAACCCGGCUCUUCUUGCCGUUGCGUAAUUUCCAACCCCGAUCAGAAGGGGAAAAUGAGGCGUAUCGACUGCCUUCGCCAAGCCGACAAAGUGUGGAGACUAGAUUUGGUUAUGGUUAUCUUGUUCCGUGGCAUUCCGUUGGAAAGCACGGAUGGCGAACGCCUGGGCAAGUCGCAGCACUGCCAGAAUCACACUCUGUGUGUCUUGCCCAACCAUAUCACAGUGACAGUUCGAGAACUGGAUCUAUUUCUUGCCAACUUUAUGUGCAACCGAGGUAAGAUUUUCCACCUGUAUUGUCGAUGACUAUCAGUCACAGAACACAUCUGAUCAGAUGUUUAAAUGCCAGCACAUCUGAGUUAUAUAGUUAAAUUUUCUGCUUCUUGGGUACCGUCUCUCCUAUCAACAAGUUGGAGGUGCUAUGUUUCUCUUUAAUAAUUAAAACAGAAAACUGUUUAAGUUCUUUGGGUGUGUAAUUUAAUCGUUUUAUUACCCAAAAGAAUUGAAAUUGUUAUGUUUGUGUAGUUUGUUUUCUUGUGUUCCAUCGACCGCAAUUAGUUCCCUAUUUUACUCGCAGAGCACAAACAGGAUUCCAACAGUCCCGUACGAAGUUCUGGCGAUCCAGAUUCUCAUCAAAGUAAGUAUAAAUUUUUAAUAUCUUCUUUGUAGGACCUGUUCGUAAAUGUAUUCAAAGUGAAAAAUACAGAAUUACAAGUAAGUUGCGAAUUUAGGCCGUGGCAAGGAGUAAAAUGGACUAUUUUUUCAUGGACAAACGCAGUGUUGUUGUUUUGUUGUGACCCGACACGUGCGCGCAUUUGGACAAUCCAAAUUAAUUCGCUCAGAAGGCUUUUGUUUUUGUUCUCGUUGCGUUAUCCCCCCAGUAGAAACCACGUUUCAUUGUUGUUAAAGGUAAAACUAAGAGCCCCAUUUGCAUGCCUUGUGUAAUCGCAAAAAUUAGCCCCUCCGGGCUACACGUGCUAUUUCAGGAAAUCGCUGCUAUUUUGUUCGCAAGAUUCUAUUAUCACUAGAAUUGUGAACGACUUCCUCUAAGUGUUGCAUAAAUUCCAUUGCGUAUUGAAUGUAAGUAAGGUAAUACAUGAUUACAAAAAAGUGCCGUUUAGUAAACAUUUAGAUUCAUUGUUGUUUGGCCCAGAAGCUUUUUACCAAAGUACACGAAGUUCUUGUGAGCCUAUUGGAAAGGAGACAAGUUUCAUAUUUCCCCUUGAGCUUUACGCGAGUCGAUCCAAGAAUGAAACUCGAGUAACAACGAUGUGCAAACAACAUCUACGUAUUCGUCUUCGUGUUUGUAAAAGAAUUGUGUUACGCGGAAGACAAUUACUUUUGCCGUAACUGUUUCUGCCUGAAAAACGAGAAUUCGCAAACAACCAUCAUGGGCACGGGGACUUAAUUGUUGCUUUAACUCCUUCCCUUACGAGUCGUAGGUUUACUUUUGCGAUGGCCACUAACACUUAGCUUGUUCAUACAUAUUAAUAUAUUCUUUUUGCUUCAGGUUAACAUUAACAUAUAGGCCUUAACCAGAGGAAAUCAUUCGUGACAUUUCGCUUUGUUGUUAGUAUCCACUUGCUAACCCUUUGUUCAUCUUGUUUUUAGAAUUCCUUUGAAUUCUCUCUCGUAAAAAUAUACCAUAAAUUGCUACGCAUUAAUUAAUUUUUUGCAGCGCUUAAAAAAGUUCUAGAUCAUUCUUUAGUUGUCCUUCCUUUGUUACAUUCUGUGAAAUGACAAAAUUGGAAGUAUGUAAUUAUAUUUGAGAAUUAUAAGUGCAAAUGGAAAACAAAUUGUUCGAAAGAUGUGAUUUCUUGACCUUGGGUUUUAUGUAAGUGGAAGGAUAUAAGCUGUUUCUGGUCGUGCAUGCAAUAGGAAAGUACCGAGUCAUGCGAAACUGGUUCGAGAACUAUGAUAGCAAGCCAUCUUCGCGUACAGUUAGGGUUCUCUUUAUUUCUUUCUUUGGGGAGGGACUAAAUCUUUCACAAUUUUGGGUAAAACACGACUUACGAACGAUCACUUUCUAAGAGGCAUGCUCUUGCGGUUUUGUUUAACGUGACUGAGUUACUCGAUACAACAACAUUGCAUUCCUUCCAUGUGAAAUUAAACUCUUGUGUAUGGCUUCCUAGGUCGUGACACUAUUCACAUCACAGUGUAUAAAAACGCGUUCUCCUAACUUCUUUGUUUUUUCUGUUAUCUGCUUUGUAAGUUCCUUGCUUUUCUUUCUCUACGUCAUGUGAACAAUUUGCUACACCUCCGAGAUAAAACUUGAAUCAAAAACUAACUUCCAAAAUCUUAUAUGAUUGACGGAAGAGAUACUAAUGAAUGUAAUUGUUGACAAGCAUUGUUCUUUGGUCAUUUGACAAGUUAUUGUCUUGUAAAAUGUCAAAAGGUUGUGAUUUACUAUGGGGUGAUAUCUUAAACAAUAGACAUGACAACAACACAUAUUUCUUCCAAGGUCAGGCAUCAGAAUUAUCAUUAUGUAGUUUAUAUUUUUAUGCAGUAAUCCUUGCAGGAAUGCGGUUUUUUAAGCUUACAUGCUUUCCACUAAGAUUUCUGGUUCUCUACCCCUGGUUUGACGGAUGGAGUUAGUUUUGUUGAUAGGAAUGGAGAAGUUACAACUUAAUCUUUACAAAGGAUUAAAGAGUUAAUCUUACCACUACUUUUGUUUGAUUUCAAGAAUAGUUGAUGGAAGUAACUUUAGGGCAUGCCAGGACUUAGUACACACACUUGAGUGAGAAUUUCUAUCUAAGUUUAAGGGGUUUUGAACAAACUCGUUUUGUUUGUGAUUUUUAAAAUGCCAGGUUUCUUGAACUUAUUGUAUAAGAGACAGGUAAAUCCAAAAUUUUUGUUGUUUCUUUUUUUUUUAUCUUAAAGCUGAAGUGUGUUCUGUUAUAUAAACAAAUGUAGCAAUGGGCAAGGUAUCUUUAUAGAAUUGGUAGAUAUUGUGUUUUUUGGCUGCUUUUUUCCCAUGGUCUCUUGCAAUGCUAAAUUUUAACAAGGAAAACACUCAAUAUAGGAAAGAUUUUGUGAUGAACAACAAAACGUUGGUUUUUCUAGUCACUUCUUGUUUUAUUAAUUUAACAAAACCUUCUACCCAACUUAGAUAAAAUCCCCAACAUCAACAACAAAUCUGCUCUCUCUUGGCACAUUUUCUUUUUUCUUUCAAAUUUUUUUAUGAAAAGGAUACAAAUUUCAUUUACCACUUCCUUUGGAAUUGUACUCUUAAUAAAAUGCACUUAUUCAAUAAUCUAAACAAUGUUUGUACUUGAGUGGGCCUCUUUAUCAGCCCCUAGCAAUAGUGAAUUAGUUCAUUCACAUUCAACACUAAAGAUAAUCUAGCCAACAAUUUCCCUUUGGUAAAAAUCAUGCAUCAGCCAUAAAAGUAUCGUCUUCACCUGCCAAUUCUGAAUAAAACAUAAAUUAAUAUUUCAAUCAGUGAACAGCAUUGUAAGCUGUUUGCUAACCAAGAAAUACAGCUUUUCUUUUGAAACUUGUCCUAAAAUAUGGAACAUGUACUAUUUGUUAUUUUUUCCCUCAUGGCCAACCAUUUAGUCCUCUCAAUCACAAAAUGAACUAUCUAUGAAAUAAUUUUCUUCAGUCACCUAUCAGCUUCAUCACCCUUGUUUAAAGUAGCUGGUGUGUGUACACAGGGUUUCCUCUCUGAAUCAGAUUACAGUUAACACUUGAGAUAGUUCAUUGCAUAGCAAUGCAUAGAGUCAGGAAGUUCCUGUAAUGUAAGUAAAGAACACUCUGGCAUGGACUCUUCAAAGGGGAAGAGAGAUUAACAUUUAAAGAGUGCAUUGUGCAAAGGAAAACUACCACCCCUGCAUAUUUUGUACAUAAAAGCUGUAGCAUUUAGCACGUUAAUGAAAUUUGUGUUGCUACCAGUAAGAAGCAGGUGCAAGUCAAAACUUUAGAUAGCAUAAAGCAUUGUUAUAAGUUGUCACUUUUUGCUGAUGUAAGAUUUGGUGUGGGUUAACAAACAGUCAAUAUUUAAUUUCAUAUAGCAAAAACUUGCCUUUGUAGCAGUUAUCAGAUGUUAUUUCUUUUAUCUAAAAAUACCUUGCAAUAUUUUAAUCUUUACUACUGAUAAAAAGAUGCAUGUAAGCAUAUCAAUCCAGUAUUUCAGGAAUGAUAUUCAACAGGUCAGCUGAAGGUAUGGUUGAUUCAAGAAAGAUCUUUUUUGUUUGUUUGCCAAGAUGUGCAAAUUUGAUGACAUGAAAUUCUCUUGCAACUGAAAUACCUGUGCAUUGACGAAAAGAAGUUGGGCUAGUUUUCUAGUUUCAGCAUAUGCACAAAAGUCACAUUUUCAUUGGGUUGACUUUCUUGUAAUAUUCCAUAGAAAAAGGACUUGGAGUUAAGAAAAUUAAAAAAUAUUUGCACAAUGUAAUCAUUACAGUUUGACAGUUAAAACCCAAUACCAGUUACUUUUGACAUUAAAUGUCACAUUGUGUGUCUUGUUAUCUGAUGUCAACCAUUAAUUUUUAAGCAAUUCUUCAUGGGGUGGAUGCCAGGGAAUUUAAUAAAAAAGCAAGGUCAACCUAAGACUUCGAUAAUGAAAUAUGCAAGGGAUUAUCAUUUCUUUUGAAUAUUCACCUUGGUGUCCUUUAAUUUUGUUGAAAUAUAAAUUCUUGAAAAAAAUGGAGUUUCAAGAUGAAAAAGUACAUUUUCAAGAAAUUCAAUUUUUAAGACCAAGUCUUAUUGUAAAAGUUAAAAAAAAGAAUUAAAAAAUAGAAAUAUAUGUCUGUGCAUCACAAAUAUAAUAGGUUUACAAUAAUGUACUAUGCCAUCUUGUUUGUAUGUUACAAAUAUUUAAAGAACACUGCAAAAAGACCUUAUAAUUGAGUUCUGUUCAAAAUUUGCAGAACUUUACUCCCUUUGGAUUCCUUAGAGUUGCAAAACUGCAGCCAGGGAUGAUGAAGCAGAGGGUAAACAUACACUGCUUUGACUAUUAAGGCUCUGGUAAAAUAGUAUAUAGCUGCAUCCCACUACAAUAGUAUGUCAUGGUAUUUUGCUUCAAAAUAAAUCAACAUGACUAUCAUUAUUUUUUUAGUUGGUACUGAGCAGAAUCUGGUUUCAUCUGGUGUGUUUACAGUAGCAGAGCUCUACACCUACGCUAGAAGUGAGUCUCUUUAUAAGCAAGUACUGGUUACAUUCACAGACAUCUUUAAAAGCUAUUUAGAAAUUUUAAGCUUUGCUAAUUUAGAGUCCAUAUUUGGUCAUACUCAAAAUAUUUUCCAUCUCGCUUUUUAUACUUUACCUUGACCCUUGUAAUUAGCUCUUUGAAAAAAUAACAUGAUUUAGAUAAAUGUAGUCAUUAAUCAAAGGCAAUUUUCCUUGUUACUCACUUGCUUAAUGUACUCAUUUAGAAGCAAAAGCUACCCUAACUGAAAACUUUAUCAGAAGUUUACUUUUGUAAGGUCUGUUUCUCUUCACUUAUCAUAAAACUGAAAGUGUUUUUUCACAAGUGCACAUUACAUUCAGUUAAAUAUCUUGCAACUUUGUAGAUGACUGGGUUACUUGCGACUUUGUGUUGUGAAUCUAUCUUGAGGCAUAAGUCCUUCGUAACAGAGGUUCUAGCUGUGCUGAACCUCAACAACUGCAGCAAAACUGUAAUUAAUUUUCAAGCCAAAAUCUUGUAUCAGAUGUUAGUUGUCUUGUAGGCUCUGGCAAUACUUGUCAUGCCAAUGCCCUAGACAAGCUACAGCCAUUUGCUGUUCUUCUUUCUCAAAUACACAUAGGUAUUCAUACGCCAUAGUUAAAAAAAUUAUGCAUUCCAGCAGACAAUGUAGUAUCUACUCUAACUUUUUUUUAACUUUACAUCUCAAACAAAGUAACAUUUUUCUUGAAUCUGUUUGUUUUCAGCUUUUCUAUCUAUGAAGAAGUGUAAAGCCUUUCACUAAAAAGAAAUUAAGCAGCUCUACAUUGAAUGUUUAGGCAUUUCAAAAUUUUUUUUUAAGAUACAUUAUGUGAACUGAGGAAUUCAACAACAAACCAAAGUAAAAUAUAUGAAAUCCAUCUCUUAGCUCUGUUUGACAAACUCAUUGCAUGUAAUUUAUUUCCCAAACUUUCUAGUUCUCCUAUCAAAGAGCCUAUCAGUUUGAUAAUGUAAAUAAUAUAUUUUCCAACUCUUUUAGCACCCAUCAAAUGUGUGAGCUCAUCACACAGCCUAAUGUUAUCAGACUUGGAGAGCCCACCUUAUGGUGAUGGAGGUCUUGAGCAGCGCUUCCCAAAUGCAGUCAGCAUACAUCCACGACCAGAUGCAUAUGACCUAAGGUACAGAAAACGAAGUCGGACAAUAAGCUCUGUUUCGUCAGUUGAUGAGGACUGUGAUGAUGAUGAUAGGGAUAGCACAGGACUGUAUGUUCAGUCACCAGCAAGUUUCUCUUCCCAAGGAUCGAACUGGCAAAAUGAUGAUUCAGGUAAGACAAAAUGAAAACUGAGCGUUUGUGAUCAUGAAGUAUAAGCCACUGUAAUAAUUGCAGCAUUAUUAUUAUUAUUAAUUGCAUCUAUUAAUUGGGAAGAAACUGAAUUGAGGUAAAAAAAUUCUCAAAAGUUGGAAUAAAGAGUGUUUAAAGGAAAAUUUACAUUUCUCAAUGAAAAUUUCAGUCAUUUAGUUUCAUUUAAUUCCUUGCUAAAUUCUGUGUUACUGAAUUUUCAGGAUCCAGUGUCAUCCACUCUCCAAUGGUACCAUACCCUGCUAAGAUUAAACCAGAACAGAACUGCACAGGAUACAGCCCAAUGGAGAACCAUCACUCUGCCAUCACUUGUUGUAAUGUGAAUGAACCACAGUCACCUGCAGUCACAUCAUACAGUGGUCAGACUCAGCAGUUACACCUCAGGCAAAUGAGAGACUGUAAUAUGAAUGAUACAUCAUAUAUUAUGCAACUAGCAUCAGCACCUAAAGGCCAUGUACAAGCAAGUUGUGGGCUUGUUCCACAGCUUCCACAGCAGGGAUUUACAUUCCGCCUGCCGAUGCCAAAUGCACACAUCCCUUCUGUUGGUAAGGUGGAGAGGGUAAAUGUAUUUUAAGAAUCCAAUCUUCUUUUGCAUGUGUUGUGUGGCACUUACUGAAUACAAAGUAUUGAUAGGGAUCCAAUAUGUCUCACACUGUUGCCUACCAGUGCUAAGUUUAAGGCUAACCAGUACAUUGUCGUCUUGGGAACAAAAGCCAUUUGCCAGAAUUCUCUUUUGCUGUCCAAAAGGGAAUUGACUUGUUCAAUGCAUUAGUCAACUAUGUUGUUAUAAAUCCAACCAUCCAUUACAUGUUUAUGGCCUUACUGGGCUUUGUAAAUGUGGUAGUUCUAUAGGCAAGAUAUAAUUAAGAACAAUGUCCAUGAUUGUCACAGGUUCUGCUCCUUGUCGCACUGGUGCCCCCAGUGAUUUCAUCCAGCUUCUUGAGAGACCACGCUCCAGUUCAGCACCAAAUGGUAGGCACAUUGUUCCUGGAACAUCAGCAGUCAUACCUCCUCCUUUGACAAGAUCACCAAGUAGUAACAGUAUCAUUCAAAGCACAGGGAACAGUAGCUAUAAUGCAGCAGAACCACGGCACUCUCCAGUACACCAGCAGCAACAAUCUCCAGUGUCAACAAGCCCAAGUAAAACAAGUCCUCCCUCAGGAAUAACACUGAACACAACUGUCCAGAUUAUUCAGGUAAUUGAGAUCAUGAACAAAACUUUUCAUGUUACCUAAUAUGGCAAUUAUUAUUAUCAUUAUUAUUAUUAUUAUUAUUAUUAUAUUAUUAUUUUGGAACACGAGUGCUACCUCCUUCCAUGAAUUAUUUUAUGUUAGGUUUAUUGCCAUGGAGUACCCAGGAAAAUUUUUUCUUGUAGAGAAAAGUCAUUGGCUUUGAGGGCAUCAUCCAUAUCCAAAGACAUUUUUCCCAAUUAAUAACAUUCACACAUUUUGCUUAUGUUAGUGUAUUCCCGAGGGUAUGGGUAUGUACUUUUUCCCAUGAGGUUCCACAUUUUCAGAGCCACAAAACAGGAUUAACUCUUUUUUUUUUCACUGUGAUUUCAAUCCCCAGUCUCCUACUAACAAUCCAAACGGUGGAGCAUCAUCAUACAGCAAUCACAACCAGCAAGUGUUCAGCUACCCAAACUUGCCACCUGGUUGCUUAUCUGCUGUAAGUCCAUCACUUCCAAUGAGCUUGUUCACAUCACCUGGAAACACACCAAGGGGUAGUAUACCUCCUCGCUGGCCCACAGCUAUCCAAGUAGCACCUGUUUCAAGCAGUGGAAAUGUUGCAUCUGAAGAGGAGUCCACUGACUACCAGAUGGUGUCAGGGUUUGGCGGUAUGAAUCCAGAUGAGAGCAUGCUUGAAGGUAGUUGUUAGAUGCUUUUACAUAUCACGUAUAUAUUUCUACCCAGGGGUUCUAAGUAAUUGAUGGGGAAGAUGACUUGAUGCAUUGUGAGGACAGUUCACAAUUGAAGUACUGAUAACAAAGGCAACAGCAUUUAGGAAGGGUGGCAGAGGCCUAUGUGCAUGCUCUGCCAGAAAAUGCAUAGUUGCUUUAAAUGUGCAGUUUUGCAAAAUUUCAAGUAUCUUAAGUGAAAACAAACCCACAGGAUAGAAAAUAGACAUAAACUAAAAAAGUAAGACAAAGAAAAAGAAAGGAAGACCAAGUUUUUUGUGGAGUGCAAAUUGAUUUUCUGUUUGCUAAAUUUGUUUGUGACAGCUUUUUCUUUUGUAAUUUUAUUAUAAUUCACCAGUUGCAUAGUACACAUUAUUUCACAAAAAGCAAGGGACUUAGAAAUCAAAGAAGAUGGCCUGUAAGCAAGCAUGCAGCACUUUAUGAGAACCUUGUGUACCUAAAAUCACCACUCAAAGCCUCCUUAUAUUCUUUUAAUUUUAGAGAGGAAUUUCUUUCCAGUUAACAACAAUGCAGAGUCAGUAGAUGUUAUGUCAGCCAGGAUAUCAUCUUAGGCUGCUUGGUUCCCAGGGUACCCUAAAACUGGUCUUAUCUUCAGCAGCCCAGAUGGUAGGCCUUUAAAUUAAAUGGGCAAGUAAAAGCCAGUCCAGUCCAUCCCACAAGAUAAAGUAGUACACAGCAUGCCAAGAUGUGCAGCAAUGCAUGUCACUUGUGACUAAGACGACUAGAAGAAACUUAGCACUAAGAAAAGAUGGUUCAGCCAGGUUCAGAGAAUGCUUUGGUUUUGCCACAUGUUAAGUUAUUGUAAGUUGUUCUUCUGUAAAGAUAUUAGCAUAAAAUAUUAGAAGCAUCCAUGUACAAACCAAAGAAUUUAUAUAGGCUUUUAGAGUAAGAAUAACUGGUCCUAUUUAUAAAUUGCAUUAGUAGAGUAUUUUGGAAAGUAAAUUUAAGUACAUUCGCAUUAUUUAGAAUAUUUCCAUGCGUAAACACUCAAUCAAAAGAAUAGUUGAAGUUAAAUUUCAUAAUGAUAACACACUCGAUCCACUCUUGGUAAAGUCUUGUCAAAGGUGUUAAGGCUUGAUGUUAAUUGGUCAUUUGACAGUGGAGAAAACAUUGUCUAAAAGCAUGCUGGAUGUACAAAGUGUGAAUUUUUAUCUGGAUAACUAGAGGAACUGGUUUUUUUUGUUUGUUUGUUUUUUUUUUAAAGCAAGUCUAAUUACAUACUGUGAGUGAGUGGUGGGGUGCAGUGCAAUAACUGUGUUCUUCAGUAGACCAUAUUCAUAUAAGAGUUGCAUACAUUGGUUGCUUGUGGUCAUAGUUUUCUCUAAAGAUUACAUUGAUCAAACAUAAUAUAUUACCUUAAGAAGCCUGAAUGUUGGAUAUAGUGAGGAAGAUUUACAUGAUGCUACAGAUGUUCCAACAGAGUAUUAAUAUAUAUAAUCUGCAUGUGCAAGUGGAAAUAAAAAACUUUUUGUCCACAAAAGUGCAAAUAACAAUUUCAAAUUUGCUUUUUUUGUGCUACCACUCUCAUAUAAAUUUCUUCUUGAGGUGAAAUUCACUAACUGCAUUUCAACUUGCACAUAUUACUGAAAACCUGAAAUUACACCAUGAAAAUGGUCACUGGUUUGACAAUAAUUCUAUUUUCUACUGAUUUUGUUCAGCAAAAAUGAGAAGUAGCUGUUGAUGAGUAUGGUUUGGACUUCUUUUUUUGAUGAGUAUGGUUUGACAAUAAUUCUAUUUUCUACUGAUUUUGUUCAGCAAAAAUGAGAAGUAGCUGUUGAUGAGUAUGGUCUGAACUUCAUUCAAGUUUGGUAUGAUAAAGAGAGAAACUAAAAAAUUUUCUACUUCCAUUUUAGAAAAGUGAGAUGUUAAUUUAAGUGCUAUGUAAUCAAUUCAGAAAAAGAGAGGUUUUACUGUGAAUGGGAUGCAUGCUUUGCUAAAUUUGUAUUCCAGUGCCUACGAUACCGAAUGUCUUUUAGUGAAAGGGAAACAGGCUUAAGCCACAGUGGGCCACACAAGUGAAAAAACCCAUCUCAGAAAACACUUUGUCAACUCCAGUCGAUUAAUCUGUACUUAAGAAAGUAAAACCUGCUUUAAGGCAAAUACCUUGCCCUGCCUAUAAAAUUGUGUCUGUUUUUGAAAUGGUUAAUGUGCUGAUCAAUUGUUGUAAAUAGUCUCAAAACUGAUGGAAAUGGCUUGCCAGUUUUUGUAUCAGUUUAUUUUUCCAGGUUUAAUUUUGGAACUUUGAAAUUGUAAUUAUGGUGGCAAUCGAUACAAGAAAAUGUUCUUGAGUACAGUAAUUUUGAUAAUAAUUUUCUAUAAUUAUAGUAGAGAAUAAUAGAAUACAAAAUAUAGAUUUAGAGAGUAGAAUUGUUUUGUAGGACAUCAGGUUUGUAAAUAGUUUAAAUAGAGUUCUUGUUUUAAAACUAAUCAUGAUAAAUUUUGUAGUUUCACAAAAAGAUGUAGAGUUUAUAAACAAUGAAAUGUCUUAAUGCUGUACUUCUUAACUGCUCAGAGCAGCUGAUUUUUUGGGCUGGUUGUAGACAUUUAAAAAUAGGGCUAUCUUUUGUAAAAGGGUUUCUUUUAUACCAAUAGUAGUUUUCCUACAGUACAUUUGUAUGGUUCUGAUAUUUUGUAGUCUUCAUAAGAUAAUCCUAGUAAUAUAUAAAGAAUCGUGCUGAAAAAUACAUGUCAUCAUGUUUUUUCAUCUGUCUUUAAAAAUUAGUGGUGAGUGGCAGGAACACUUAAAAAAUUAAAUGCUAACAGUUUUGUAUGUGAUUUUGCAAUAAGCACCAAAUAUUUGAAUACAACCAUUAAUUUCAAAUGAUCUUUGUGACUGUACUUAUUUUUUUGUUAAACAAGGAAAGUAAGAAUUAGUUGAUUGUCUUUCAUUAAGCUGUCUUUGCAACCCAUUACAAGGUCAUAUAUGCUUCCUUUACCAACAGUGGCAAAGCCCAAACCUUGAAAUUUAAGCCAUUUUUCUACAAUUUGCCUUAAAAAUGUCAACAACACCAGACCUUACAUAUCUUUUGUCAGCACAAUAAAAUAAUACUGCCCAGACAGAGGAUUUUGUUAUACAAAUUCAUUCCAGUGCACUGAUGCUGGAGUUUUAAGGGAGAGAAAUUUGUCUUGGCAAAGAGAAAAGCUGCAGCAGUAUUGUUAUCUUGAAUUGGUUAUGUCUUAAAUCAUGUAGGAAUCUGUUUUCCCCCUCAAAGUAAUGUUCUAAUAACCUUUUCAUUGCCCUUGGCCUUUUAAUUUAAGUGCCCUUAACUAAGAAAUUCAACUAUACUUCAGAAGCAUGUUGGAUUAUGUAAGUGGUACAAGAUUUCUUUUAAGGGAUACCUUUAAGUAACAUGAUUAGUCAAUGAAUCUUCUAAGUCUUUGCCUAUCUGUGACAUCAUCAGGGAUGACGAUGCUGUAGAUUGACAAAGGCUUGGAGGACAAACUGACCAAAAAUUAUAGCUUAAAACUUAUUUGAAACAAGGAUAUAAUUGCACUUGAUUUUGUUUUAAUCAUAGAGAGCAUAUUUAAAAGAAAUCAGUUCAAAUCAAGUAAUUUAAAACUGUUCCCAUGCAAUGGAAACAGUCUGAAAUUAAUUCAGACCUAUUGUUAUGCCUGCAAUCUCACAUGUACAAGCUGCUGUUAGAAAAAAAUAAAAUUAAGGUUAAGUGUCUAAUGACAUCUGGUUAAUUACCAGUAGUCUCC